CUGUCAAAAUAAAAGGCUUCGUAAAUAACAUUGGAUAUUGGUGUAGCUUAGUCUUAGCCUACUUGUUUAUUAUUAUUUAAAUUAUUAUAACAAAUUGGAUAUUUGUGCACUUUGUAGUAAGUACUCUCAUCGUUAGAUGAAGUAUGUGUUAAAACAGACAGCAAUAUGCCAGCGUCGUAAACUGAAAUGAAAUUGGAAACAUGAAUACAUACACUAUGAUAUUCCUGCCUAUUUAGAUAUACACUUGUAAUGUUAGCAACUGUCAGGUGAUGCGUUUUUCAUUUUACAAUGCUUGAUCAUCUCUUUUCGGCAUGGAUGUGGUUUGGAUCAAACCGUCCAGGUUAUUGUAGUGGAACGUUUUUAAUACUCCUGUUAAUUUUGUCGACUUGGCUCUGUGGUAUUCACGCCAGCCUAAGUUUAGGACCAGGCGGGGAUUUUCCUGGAUUUUAUGAUUUCAUCUUCUACGCAUUCAGUAAUGAGGAGUUGACCUCAUUUCUCUACAACAUCACUCUGCUGCUGUGGCUCGGGCCCUGCCAGGAGAGAAGAUGGGGCACUUUUGUCUUCCUAGCCCUCUCCUUUAUCUCUACUGUGCUCCUUCCUCCUAUUUAUUCACUUUUUCUCUUUGUUACUGGGGAUGAAGCCAGCAGGGUCAGUGGUUACUCAGCCAUACACCUUGCCCUCCUCACAGCUCAGUGUCGGCAGGUGAAGCAGAGGAGAGUCUUGCGCUUUGUUCCUGUCUGGUCCUUGCCUUGGCUGCUCUUGAUCCUCGACUUCUUCCUGCUUCCCGGUGCUCCUGGCCUGCUGCACUUUUAUGCCAUUUGCCUGGGUCUCAACUACAAUAAUGAGUUUAUUGAAAUACUGGAGCAGAUAGAGAAGCUGGGUGCUUGUGCCUGCUUGCCAAAAUGGGCUUACAUCUCAGUUACCUCUCAUCCACACCUGCCUCUUUACCUCAACACCUCAAUAAGACCAGAACCAUCAACCAGCAGAUCCCAGUUGGAAGAUCAUUCUGCAUGGCAGCAUUCUGUGUCUGAGUGGCAUCAGGAGCCUUUGAUGGCAACCGAUUCACAGCUGUUAGAGGAGGAGAUGCUGAGAGCAGGGAUACUAGCAUCACUCCAUGACGCACCUGAAGGUGUUGAAGACAAAGUGGAAGUAUCCAAGUCCUCGGUGUCCUCUAUACGGUUGCAACAGCUAGAGAGGAUGGGCUUCCCCACAGAGAAAGCUGUUGUGGCUCUGGCUGCUACAGGACAGCUGGAUGGAGCAAUCUCUUUGCUCAUUGAUGAUCAGAUUGGGGAGGAGGCUGUGGUCAUCUCAAAAGGAAAGAAGUCAUCAUCAGCGUCGUAGCUCACUGAUACUGCUUCAAAUGAAAGCUGGAUUAUAAAGGAUUGCUCUAUAUCAUUCCAUUAUUUAAGCAACUGUUCUACCAUAAAUGAAAAUUUGCUGAAAAUUCACUCACUCUCAGGGCAUCCAAAAUGAUGAUUAGUUUGUGUCUUCACUGGAACAGAUUUGGAGAAAUUUAGUAUUACAUCCCUUGGGUGCCAUAAGAAUGAGAGUCCAAACAGCCAAUAAAAACAUCACAU